GGCAGUACAUUUUGAUCAGUGUGUGUGAAGUUUUGAUCCACUUUGUAUAAUUUUAAGAUGAAUUAGAUUUUUUGGAGAAUCUUAUGCCUGUUUUUAAGAGGUACAUUUUGAUCAGUGUGUAUGAAGUUCUACAAAUAAUUUUAAGAUGAAUUAGAUUCUCUGGAGCAUCCAACGCCUGGUUUUAAGAGGCAGAAUGAAGAGUUUUUACCUGUAUUAACAAUCACAUCAUCCACAACCACUCCUCAGCAUGUAUAGGAAUACCAUCGUCGCAGAGAAAUCCCGCAAGAAACUCCUGGGGCAUCGAAUCAACGACCAAUCCCCGAGGUCCGUUGCACCAUGUGGAACGUUACCGUAGCAAGCAUCAUGGCCACACUGAAUAUCAUCAACCCCAAAGACUAUACCUGCCCUGCAAACUGUUCCGGUCACGGAGCAUGCCUAAAUGGAUCAUGCAUAUGUGUGGUCCAGUUUCAAGGAGGAGAUUGUGACGAGUACAACAACACUUACUUCAUUGCAUUUGGAUCAGUCUUUUAUCUCCUAGGCUGUGUUGCUAUUAUCCAAUUGAUUUUGUGCAUGAGAUCAGAAUUCCAGCGGGCCAAGACGCAUUCCCUAUCCGCAGCAUGUCGUAUCUCAACUCAAAAGACUCUUUAUAUCAUGGUAAUUCUGGCUACCUUCAGCAGAGGACUCUACUUUACACUAUUGAAAUACAUUCCCAAUCACUGGGCGGCAAAUAUCUUGAGUAUGUACUAUCCAUUCCUCCUGUCAAGCUGUUCGCUCUGUGUCUGCUUCUGGGCUGAGGCAUUUCACAUCUCCGACAAAAGCUACGAACGUCCGGGGUCUCUGUCCAAAUCCCUGGUCUACUUCCUUGUCUUCAACGUGUUCCUGUAUGCUGCCCUCAUUGCCCAGUUUGUUGCGUCGGAGAUGGUACCGGAGCCGACCUACCUGCUCAAGGUGGUCCAGGGCUUCUUUGGGAGUCUAAUCUUCAUCGAAGUCAUCCUGUUCCUAGCCUAUGGAGUGGAAGUAUAUUUCAAGGUAAAAGGGGCCUUUGCAAAUGCCAGCACCUCUUUAGACCCGCGAACCUUACACCUCUCCCGAUUUGGACUCCUCUUCCAAGGAAUACUUCAGAUCAUCACAGCGUUCUUCCUGAUGAUGAGUGUAACAGAAGCCAAGUGGAACGAGAGCAUUCCUCUCCUGCAACGUAACUCCUAUGUGAUUGUCUUCCGUAUUGUGGAACUAGCCAUGGUGAUGUGGUUCCCGUGCGUCCUCUGGAACUGUAGAAGUCCUGAAAAGCUGUGGAUUCUAAACCCGAAAACAAUCUUGAGAGAAAACAACGAUGAAGAACGAGUGGCGCCACCGGCACAACCGAUUCAGACAGAACGACGUGAGGAAACCAAUCUUUUGAGCUGUAGAAGGAAGCAAGAGCCGUCAACGAGUACAAACACCUACCAAAGUACAGAUACUCGAAACAGAAGUAGCACAGACCCCGAUUGUUGGAUCUGUUAUGACCGAGACCCAAGCCUUGGCCCUCUCAUCACACCUUGUACUUGUAAAGGAGACGUAGCAUUCGUCCAUCAUGAAUGCCUCAGAAAAUGGAUGUUGGAGCUUGAUGAUAGUCCAGAACUCAUCAAAUGUAAAGUCUGCAAGAAUACUUAUGAUGUGAAGCAAGGCAAAGUGCGGUUAUACCAGGGCCUGAGUUCCAGGGAUGCGACCCUCUGCUUCUUUGCGUUCUUUGCCAUGGGAAGCGGACCAGGGGCCGUCUACGCCAUACUCCAGGCCUACCCCUCCAGCACUAUCAACAUUGUCACCAUCGGAAUGUGCGUUUUACUGGAGAUGACAUGUCUCAGGUAUCUCGGAUAUACCAUAGCAAACGCCUACAAGAGAGCCAAAAUAUUCUCCCUGAAAAUAAUGGGCAAGACGUCCACAUCCAUCAUCAUGGAGAACGAAGCGUCGACUUCAGGCGUGCUUGAACAGUCAAAUGAAUACACUAGCAGUGCUGAAGCUAGCAGCUCAAAAUGUGAAGGUGCUACGUAUGGUGGUGUUGAAGUAACGAGCAGUAAUGAAGUUGUGGAAGCAGAAGUUAUUGAAGCUGCGAGAACAUUGGAGCAGUGUGAAGUUCAUGAAACAAGCAGCACGUUCACGGAACAGGUUGUGUCGCCUGGGCAACCGACACUUACAAAGGACAUCAGAAUAUGACGCUUUCAUCUCAAAAGGAAUAUUUUUCCCAUUUUUGUAGCCAUAUCAAUUUGCCAUUCCAUCAUAUUAUCUCGUUAUAAAGUAAAGCAACUCGUUGACUUUGUCACAUGUUAAUUAUCCUAUAGCACCAAGUGCAAGUUGUUUAUAUUUAAUGUUAUG